GUAUAUCUUUUCCUCUCACCUCAUUUUUUUUUCUUCCCCCUUGCCCCCCUCCUAUCUUCCGGAUGGAUAACUACUCCCUGCUCUACAGUUCCUCCCACAGAACCGGACUUCUCUCGGGUUUUCAGCGCCUGCGCUCUCAGAGGAGGAUGUGUGAUGUGGUCCUGGAGGCCGGCGGUGUAUCCUUCCCGUGUCAUCGCGCCCUUCUGGCCAGCUCCAGUGACUAUUUUUGGGCCCUCUUUGGAGAGACGACCGCGGAGAGAUUAGCGGAUUCCAUUAGCCUCCCGGCGCUAACGCCAGAGGGUUUAGACGCCAUUCUGGACUUCCUGUAUUCAGGCUGGCUCAGCAUUUCACCGUGCACUCUUCCUGUUGUCUUGGCGGCAGCCAGGUACCUGCAGGUGGAGCCGGCUGUGUCGAUAUGUGAACGCUUUAUCAUUGAUGGAUUAAACGCUGAGAGUUGUUGCUGCUAUGCUAACCUAGCUGAGCAGCACGCCCUUGUGGAUGCUCUUGAAGCAGCCAAUCAAACCAUCGCUACGGAGAUGGAGACAUUGCUUAAGGACGGAAGGGAUGACCUUCUAGGAUUGAAUAUCCAAUCACUGAUGGCUGUACUGGACGCUGACGAGAUCCCUGCAGUGAAGGAGGCGGAGCUUAUAAAGCUAGCUCUGGAUUGGCUGGAUGAAAAUGGACCCAUAUCCCUUCUGAAAUCGAAUCUUCUGCUGAGUCAUCUUCGCUUUGGGUUAGUCGCCCCCUCUGACCUCAGCGAUCUUAGCCACGCCCACAAAGCCAUGGCCACACCUCUCAUCAGGAGUCAGCUGACCCGAGCAUUAGAGUACCACAGGAUGGGUGCAGCCCAGCCAAUCACACAAACCAGACAGUCCACACUUAGAGCAUUGCCCAAUUAUGUGCUGCUAGUUGGCGGAGGGUCCAACCCUGAUUGGCCGGAGCAGCAGGUGCUGGCGUUCGAUCCUAGAAGCAGGAAGUUCUCAUCUUUGAAUUCCAGUCUCCCGCUGCGACUGAGGAAUCACUGCGUGUGCUCGGUUGGAGGGUUCCUUUUUGUGAUUGGAGGAGAAGAAGUAAAGGAGGGAGAUAAAGAUGAGAAAAGUUCUGUCAAUGUAGCAACUUCCAACCAGGUGUGGCGCUAUGAUCCACGUUUUGACUCCUGGGAGAAGAUGGAGUCCAUGUUGGAAAGGCGGGCGCAGUUUACCUGCUGCGUGGUGGAGGGUAUUAUUUAUGCCGUAGGUGGACAACAUACCCAACAUGACGCCAACAGGCACACCUCUGUGGCAUCUGCUGAGUUUUAUGACAUGGCUACAGGGUCCUGGAGGAGAGGACCUGCACUGCCUCGCCCUCUUUACGGCCACGCUUCAGCUGUGCUUGACAACAACAUCUAUGUAUCAGGUGGCGUACCAGGCAACCAGGACAGCAGUAUCAACCAGGACGACCACAGAGAGAGCAGCAAGGAAGUCCAUAUCUGGGACCCGAAAGGACGAGUCUGGGAGAAGCGAGCGCCCAUGUCCAUCGCCAGAUUCAGGCACCGUUUGGCGACCGCCCAUGGCUACAUCUACGCCCUGCUGGGAAUGUACGAGCCUUUCUGCGAUAUCGAACAGUACAAUGCAGCGAUGGACCACUGGACCCGUCUUAGACCGCUUCUCAUUGGCUCUUUCAACUACGGGAUGGUGGCAAUGCCAUCCGGGAAUCUUCUGGUGUUUGGAGGGAGGAAAUGGAGCGACGGACAGGAGGUGAUAGUGAAGAGUGUGUUGGAGUAUGAUAUGAAGAGAGAUCGCUGGAGGGAGAUCUGUCAACUCCCCAGACCUCUCACGGGGACUGAAUGCACACUGCUCCCAUUACCGGACUGA